UAUAACGACCCUAUUCCCAUGCCACAGGAGUGGUCCGAAACCUGCUGCCUUUGGUUAAUAAAAGCUCACUCAGAUGAAGGAGAUGUCCGGCUAUUGGCCCACAGUUAGAGGGCACGUCAUCCCCCAUCCAUCACAGAUCGAAUGUUUCUGGUCUCUUCGAGGCAUGUCUGUCCAAGGUCCGGGAUCCCUAAGCGCAGCCUAAGUGGUCAUCUGUAGAUGGGGCUACUACGGGUUCAAGGCUUUGGCCGCACGGAGGCUUCCAGGAGGGGGAUGCUGCCAUGAAUUCUUAUCAAGAGUUUGCGUGUGCCGGACAAACGGGAGUACAGUUUCCGAAAGGCAACUGUGCCCGCGAGGCCAGGCGUGGAGACCUGGACCAAAGGGCUAGUGCAGAACUCCGCUUCAGGCUGGAAGGGCGGUUCCUCGAGGACUUUGCCCACCACCAUCGCUUUCCGUCUCUCUCGGACACCGGCUCCAAACGCUCUCGGGACCCCGGCUGCGCGGGCUCGAGCUCACCCCCCUUCCUCCAGAAUGAAGCCGAAGCCUUCUACUGCCCCGGUCAACCUCAAGUCCCCUCCUUCGCGUGCACUGGUGAACAGGGUCUCUCCGGAGUGGAGCGCUGCCCCUCUUCAAACACCUUCAGAAGUCUGUCCGUUGAGCCUGGACUGGUCCACUCGCUCGCUCGCGUCCGUCCAAACGAUGACACGAGGAAUCAUCUCGCAUUUAUUGAGGACGACGCCGAGCGCGCGCUUCCUCAGAAGUUCCACGAGAACAUCCAAAGUGGGAAAACUUUCGAGUGGAUGAGGGUGAAGCGAAGGCAGCCUCGUGUGGCCAGAACAUCACCAGCCUGCGGUCAGGAUCCCCUCGGACAGGUGACCAGUGGACAGGGCAGGAGUGAGGACGCUUUUACGGGACAGGCCGGAGCUCCACGGACCAACUUCAGCACCAAGCAGCUGACGGAGCUGGAGAAGGAGUUCCACUUCAGCAGGUACCUGACGCGCGCGAGGCGGGUGGAGAUCGCGAGCUCCCUGCAGCUCAGCGAAACCCAGGUGAAGAUUUGGUUCCAGAACAGGCGCAUGAAGCAGAAGAAACUGCAGAGGCAAGGGCUGGGACGGGGACACGAGCGCGCUCAGGACGUCCCGGACAGAGGAGCAGAGCCGUGCACCUCUCCAGAGAACAGUUAG